GGCGGGCCUGAGGGGACCCCAGCUCAGGGCCGUAAGACCCUGCAGCCUGAGGCAGGCUGCACCCCGAAAGUCUCUUAGGGGAAGUGCAUUAUGGGGGUCGUUCUCUGCAGGCCCCCCCGCCCCCCGCCUGAACAUGCCCAGGGGCGCAGUUGCCUUAGAUCAGCAACCAUUUACUGUCCCUGCUGCAGGGCUGGGGACAGUCAUCCCAGAAGUGCUGGGGGCCCACCCCUGCCCCCCUGGACUGGGAGAGUCAGGACCGAGUCAGGGUCCUGUAAGCCAGAUGAGGGGCCAGCAGCCGGGCUGCGGGGGUUGGGCAGCACCUGGUGCAGGAAGCUGGGCCCCCGGGGCCAGAGCCCAGCCCCUUUCCCGCGAGGGAGCCCUGCCCCAGCAGGGGAAGUGAGGAGGGAGGCCACCCUGUGAGUCUUAUCGCUGCCCAGGGGGGCCUCCCGGGUCCGGGGCGGCCACGCACAGGGGCUUCCGCGUGGGGGCUGAGCCAGCUGGGAAGGUCCCCAGUGAGCGCAGGGCGUGGGGCCGGUGUCCCUGGAUGUCGUCACAGCCAGGAGCCUGAGGAGAAGUGGGUCUGGGCUGCUUCCCUGCGUCUGCCUCCGGGGGAGCUCAGGACCUGUUCACCGGGAGGGGAGUUUGAGAGAGAGUGCGCCUGGACCCCUACUUCCUGAAAGCUCUGAGUGCGAGGUCUGCCUCCCGAAGAAACUCACAACCCCGAGAUCAAGAGUCCGUGCUCUGCCGACCGGGCCAGCCGGGCACCUUGCAAGAGAAGUUUUAAGCCGUGCAUUUGACAUCUAUGUGAGGAGGGGCCACCCGGCCGCCCCAUCGGUGGAGCACGGGGUCGAGAGGCUGAGCCCCACGCUGGGCUGCAAAGUCUACGCAAAAAGAAUCUAUCGAAACGGGAAGAGCAGCGGGCUGGCCCCGGCGUGGGAAGGGCGUCUGAGGCCGGCAGCACAGGAACUCCCAGCACUGACACAGAAGGGGAGUCAGGGCCGGGCGUGAGGUUGUGGGCAACUUGGACUAACCCGAAACGUCCAGCAGUGGUGAAGCGGCCCCAGAAACCGCGGACGGUCCCCGAGGGCUCCGCCACACGUCAGGACGGGGACAGGGCGCCUCCUGCGGCUGUGCUUUUGGGUCAUUUUAAACUCUUGGAGUAAACUUCUCGGUAGGACCAAGAAGACAUAGACAUGUGCUAGAACUUGGAGUACAUGUUGGAGCCUCCCCGAAAUCGGAACACUCAAGUAUGCCAGGCAACGGCACCCCGGUAGCCAGCCCUGGGCCAGCGACCCCGCUUGCUGGGGAGAAUCCCUGCGGCGUGUCCUUCGAGGACAGCAGAGUGUUCCUGGUGGUGGCCUACAGCUCCGUGUGCGCCCUGAGCCUCCCGGCCAACUGCCUGACGGCGUGGGUGACGCUGCUCCGGGCGCGGCGGGGCAACGUGCUGGCGGUCUACCUGUUCUGCCUGGCGCUCUGCGAGCUGCUCUACGCCGCCACCCUGCCCCUCUGGGUCAUCUACAUCCAGAACGAGCACCGCUGGACCCUGGGCCCGUGGGGCUGCAAGCUGACCGGCUACAUCUUCUUCUGCAACCUGUACGUCAGCAUCCUCCUGCUGUGCUGCGUCUCCUGCGACCGCUUCGUGGCGGUGGUCUACGCCCUGGAGACCCGGGGCCGGCGCCGCCCGCGCACCGCCGUGCUGGUCUCGGCGGCCGUCUUCCUCGCCGUGGGCCUCGUGCACUACCCGGUGUUCGAGAUGGAGGACAGGAAGACCUGCUUCGAGACGCUGCCCACCGACGGCAGGAUCGCCGGCUACUGCUACGCCCGCUUUGCCGUGGGCUUCGCCGCCCCCCUCUCCAUCAUCGCGUUCACCAACCAGCGCGUCCUCAGGCGCGUCCGGCUGAGCGCGGGCCUGAGCGCCGCCCAGAAGGCCAAGGUGAAGCGCCUGGCCGUCGCCGUGGUGACCAUCUUCCUGGUCUGCUUCGCGCCCUACCACCUGGUGCUCCUGGCCAAAGCCGUCGCCUUCUCCUACUACCGGGGGGACCGGGGCUCCAUCUGCGCCUUCGAGGCCAGGCUGUACACGCCGUCCGCCGUGUUCCUGUGCCUGUCCACCAUGAACAGCGUGGCCGACCCCGUCAUCUACGUGCUGGCCAUGGACCGCUCGUGGCAGGAAAUGUCCCGGGCCCCCAGGGAGCGGAGGAAGCACUCCUGGAGGACAGACGUCGUCAAGUUCAAGUGUCCUGAGGACUCAGAGGAGGUGCUGCCGCCCACAACACUCACAAAUGGCUCUGUGCUCCCCAGGACCGCCGGCCUGCCCGAGUCACAGGUGGGCACACGGGGCUCGCCGCGCACCCCGGAGAGGCUGGGCGAAGCGUCCUGUUGAGCGGGCCUGGGAGCCCAGGACCCGGGAGUGUGGCUGCUCUGUGCACUGAGCCGGCCGGCAAGCGUCCAUGGCGCCGGCCGGGAAGCCCCCUCUGGAAAACUGGCCACCAAUCUCUCGUUCCGGGAGGCACACCCCCUGUAGCCUCCACGCACCAGGGCCCUGGUCCCGGGUGCUCCUCCCGGGCCCCACACCGAGGCGGCGGCUCGCCCAGGUAAGGCUGCGGAUGCGUAGGCCACCUGCUCCGUCUGCACGCAUCCCCGCUGGCUCCCUCCGCUGGGAGCCAACAGCAGGGCUGUGGGCCGCGGCCGCGUGCCAGCCUGGUGCUGUGGGCAGCGGGCACAUGCCCUGCCCGGGCGGGGCCCCGCUCAGCCCCCACAGUGGUGUGCACGCUUUAUUUCCCGUGCUCCUCUGCAAGUGGUCCUUGGACGACUGGGUAACAUAGCAGGGCACCUCGGUGCUCUGUCUCAGAUGCCCUACGAGCAGCGCCAGCCCACUGUGGGACAGCCGAGGCCGACCGCGGGGCAGGGGCCCAGGCCUGAGGGCCCUUAGCUGGGUGGGCUCUGUGCCACGCGCAUGUGAUGCCGUGGGCUGCCCGGAACCCCAUGGGUGGCCCUGGGCUGGGGUGCCAGCUGCUUCAGGGCACCUCCUGUAGGGCGCCUGGGGCGAGAGCGCAGGGGACACGUGGGAAGGGGCAGAGGCUCGAGAAUGGUGGGGAUUCCUUCACGUCAAGGCUUCCAGGCCUCAGUGCCUCCACUGCAGGCUCCCAAGGGGCUCUGCAGUGAGCAGGGGGUGGCCCCAGGCCUCCAGGCCCUCCGCCAGGCGCAGACAGAAUGUGGGGGGAGCCUGGAACUGGGUCUGCCGCGGGGCCAUGUCCUGGCUCUACCCCGACCAGCUUUCCUCGGCCAGGGCACACUGCUGCCUCAGUUUCCCUAUCUGUAACAAGGCCCACGACACCUACCUCAUGCGGACCCACUACCUCUGCUUCAGACACUUCACGAACACCUGCAGCUCACGCUCAAACAGAGCCCGGUGGGCUGCACACCAGCGCGGGAGCCCGGGCUCCCCAGGGACCCCCGAGCUGUGCCGGGCCAUCACGUUACCUUGUGCUCCCGUCUCUGUAAGGCAGCCCUCCGCUGUCCACGGCUGGUCUUUAUAGUGACAGGCAUCAAAAAGAUUCAUUUGGAAAUAAGGUUAGAAAUAAAAAUGCAAAACUACACACCA